ACGGCGGCGGCGAGGAAGGCGGCGACGGCGGCGGUCGAGGGGGCGGUGACCACGAGGCGGGCUCGCUGCAGGCGGAAGAGACGUGCGUGGCGGCGGCUAGGUCGCUGAGGAACAUCGUCGGGGUCAGUGACUAUCAUCUAUUCCACAGGAUGAGUAACAGCCACCCUCUUCGCCCCUUUACUGCAGUGGGGGAAAUUGAUCAUGUGCACAUUUUGUCUGAGCAUAUUGGUGCCUUGUUGAUUGGUGAAGAAUAUGGCGAUGUCACAUUUGUUGUGGAGAAGAAGCGCUUUCCUGCUCAUAGGGUAAUUUUAGCAGCUAGGUGCCAAUAUUUUCGAGCAUUACUGUACGGUGGCAUGCGAGAGUCUCAGCCUGAAGCAGAAAUCCCUCUCCAAGACACGACUGCAGAAGCAUUCACAAUGCUCCUCAAAUACAUCUACACUGGGCGGGCAACACUGACAGAUGAGAAGGAGGAGGUGCUGCUGGAUUUUUUGAGCCUGGCUCAUAAAUAUGGAUUUCCAGAGCUAGAAGAUUCUACCUCCGAGUACCUGUGUACCAUACUUAACAUUCAGAACGUCUGUAUGACUUUCGAUGUUGCCAGUCUCUACUCGCUUCCCAAGCUAACGUGUAUGUGCUGCAUGUUCAUGGACAGAAACGCGCAGGAGGUGCUGGCCAGCGAAGGCUUCCUCUCCCUGUCCAAGAUAGCACUUCUGAACAUCGUUUUGAGGGAUUCGUUUGCUGCUCCUGAAAAAGAUAUUUUCUUAGCCUUGCUAAACUGGUGUAAGCACAAUGCGAAAGAGAAUCAUGCUGAAAUCAUGCAGGCUGUGCGUUUGCCUUUAAUGAGCCUCACUGAGCUUCUGAACGUUGUGAGGCCUUCAGGACUGUUGUCUCCAGAUGCCAUUCUAGAUGCCAUUAAAGUGCGGUCCGAGAGCCGGGACAUGGACCUCAACUACAGAGGCAUGCUCAUACCAGAAGAAAACAUUGCAACUAUGAAGUAUGGAGCCCAGGUUGUGAAAGGAGAGCUGAAGUCAGCCUUGCUAGAUGGUGACACUCAAAAUUAUGACUUGGAUCAUGGGUUUUCCAGACAUCCCAUCGAUGAUGACUGCCGCUCUGGCAUUGAGAUCAAGCUUGGCCAGCCAUCCAUUAUCAACCACAUACGCCUACUCCUGUGGGACCGUGACAGCAGGUCUUACUCCUACUUUAUUGAAGUGUCCAUGGAUGAACUCGAUUGGAUCAGGGUAAUAGAUCAUUCACAUUACCUGUGUCGGUCUUGGCAAAAGUUGUAUUUUCCAGCUCGAGUCUGCAGGUAUAUUCGAAUAGUUGGGACUCAUAACACAGUGAACAAGAUCUUCCACAUUGUGGCUUUUGAAUGUAUGUUUACAAACAAAACCUUCACCCUGGAGAAGGGCCUGAUAGUUCCCAUGGAGAACGUUGCAACGAUUGCCGACUGUGCCAGUGUGAUUGAAGGAGUCAGUCGGAGCCGAAAUGCCUUGCUGAAUGGAGACACUAAGAAUUAUGACUGGGACUCUGGCUACACGUGUCACCAGCUGGGAAGUGGUGCAAUCGUGGUUCAGCUGGCACAACCAUACAUGAUUGGGUCCAUACGGUUAUUACUCUGGGACUGUGACGAUCGAAGCUACAGCUACUACGUUGAGGUUUCCACCAAUCAGCAGCAGUGGACCAUGGUGGCUGACAGAACCAAAGUGUCCUGCAAGUCCUGGCAAUCAGUCACUUUUGAAAGACAGCCUGCCUCCUUCAUCCGGAUUGUUGGAACCCACAACACAGCAAAUGAGGUGUUCCACUGUGUCCACUUUGAAUGUCCAGAGCAGCAGAGCAGCCAGAAAGAAGAGACCAGUGAGGAACCGGGGACUGGGGACCCCAGCACCCCCAGUCAGCAGCUCGACCAUCAUGCACUGCGAGCACCCAGUGCCAGCUCCCUACCCCCGAGUCCAGGCCCCAACUCACGCUCACCCAACCAACAGCACCAAUAAAAGAGACAGAGGAUGUGGUGACUUGGGUGGCCUGGAUGGAGCAGCAGUGUGCCCUCCCAGGCAGGCCCUGUGUGCAGCGCCCUCCCCUGUCCCCAGGAGGAGCAGACCUGCCUGCAAAAGCCACCCCAACCAGGUUUUUCCCCUCCGGAGACAGAAGGGCACCUGUGUUCUCCCUACUCUUCAGGCACUCUCCUGGGGGAGGAAGUGAUCUUGAGUCUUCAAGCCCAGCAUCAAUCCCUACCUCUAACCAUCCAGAUACCAGUGCAGAUGGAAUCUAUAAACAGAACCCCAGGCCUUGACCCAGCCAGAAAAGGGCCCAGCCCCUUGCAGCAUGGAAUGUCCCCUCUGUGGCACCCUUGGCCUUGGCUACUUGAUGGUUUGUGGUUGUGCAGUUUUUCUCCACCUGCUACGUCAUGGGCGUUGCAGGACUGUGGAAUUGCUCUGGCCCUCUGCAAGGUCUUCCUCAGUCUCCAGUGCUUGCACAUCAGCAGAGCAGAGGCUGUCCGUCCUAAAUGAGACCAGACAACGCCGCUCAUCCUGGCACCUGCCCUGACCAGGAAAACCCUUGAAGUUCAACCAAACACAACGCAUGUGUCAGUCUUUGGACACUGGAGUUAGUCGUUAAUCAAAUGGCCGCUCUGUUAACCUGUUCUUCCUGAUGAGAACCAGCCCUCCAGCCUGGGAGGCCAGCAUGCCAGCAGUUACCACCAGCUGCUAGAGAACCAUCUAGAAGCCCCAGGCAACAGACACUGUGCAGCAAAGGCUGACCCCUCUGGGCCUCAUGGUUCAG